AUGGGUAAAUUUGCUUUUCUUGCCAUUGCCCUCUUGUCUGUUCAGGCAUUGUUGGCUCAAGCUGAAGAUGCCACGCCCGAUUCCCCUGUAAAUGUUGCUGAAGAUGCGGUGAAAGAGAUGCCCACAAUCAAUGUUAAUGUGUCUACAACCUUCCCUAACUCCGAGGUGUUUGGCGUGAAGCUCGUCAAUGGCCUGCCCACCAACGCGCAGCUUAAAUUCAUAAACAAUGAACCGGAACCAGUCACUGUUAGCGUUAUUGGUGGCAGCCUUUGGACCCUGUCGACUCCUGCGCAAAACGUUCGUAACCUUACGACGUCCCGACCCGGUAUCGAAGUUGCUAGCAAUUCCGAAGCAACGAUCGGUUAUGAUAUUUCGACCGAACUAUUGCCGCAAGACUUGGCUCUGAAUCUGGCAGCCGUUGUAUCGCGAAAAGAUGGUCUUCUUUUCACGAUUCCGGCAUUUGAUGGACCUGUCAGCAUCGUGGAACCCGCAAUGAGUAUCUUUGAUCCUCAAGUGAUUUUUCUCUAUGUUGUCGUUUUGGGCUCCUUCGUCGGAGCUUGCUACCUAUUCUACACUCUUUGGAUUGCUCCGUAUUUCCCCCAAAAGCGCAAGCCUGUCAAGACCCACGAUCGCACAAAGAAAUCUUCUCGCGACCAGAUUGGUGUUGAUUCCGGCGACCAAGCUCCCGAGACUCCCGCAGUUGCUAAAUCAUACGAUACUGAAUGGAUCCCCGCCCAUCACAUUAAUCGCCCUGAAGCGCGAAAGGUCAAAAGCGGCAGCGGUAAAGCGAAGAAUAGAGCAUAG